UUUUCCUCUGUCACCGCUCCAUCACAGCGCGUCAACCCGAGGAAACCGCGCUCCUUCAUUGGCGAUUUUCUGCACAUCCUGGCCUUUACCCCACUUUGUGAGACUACAGCGAGUGACGGGUCAACUUCAGUCCGAAGACCCGUGAGUCUAUAAGAAGGUGAUGGAUGUGUAAGAAUGCACGCUUGCGCAUCCAGCUGAAGCCUACAUUGAAUUGACGAAAUCCAAGCAGUUUGGCAAAGAGAGCUCUUUUCCCUAAAACACGUUAUUCUGAAUCAAACUCUCUCGUUUUCCAACGACCAUCAACAUCUCAACUCAAGCGGAGCAAACAUCAAUCCCCGAUCACCUUCCACAAUGGCAGAAUUAAUGCCCGAGCUAAAGACCUACUACGGCAAUUGCCACUGCGGAGCUUUCAAAUUCAACAUCAAGGUCCCAGAAAUAACCUCUCUCAUGGACUGCAACUGCAGCAUCUGUUCCCGGAAGGGCUACCAGUGGGUGUUCCCAGGCGCCGGCUGCUUCACCAUUGAGAAGGGUGAAGGAACAUUGAAGGACUAUGAAUUUGGACCCAAGAAGAUGGAACACAAAUUCUGCCCUAUUUGUGCUACAGGGGUCAUGGGAAAGCGCAAGGGGGUUCAAACCGGCAUGGAUAUUGGAAUCAACGCAAGAACCCUCCGUGACCUCGACGACAUCUGGUCCUUCAAAACCAAUACCUACGACGGCAAAGCCCUCGAACCUGCAUACGCCCCACAUCCCUUCAAAGGUCCUGAACCCACCGCCGACAUCGAAAAUGCGGAAAUCUACACUGGCUCCUGCCACUGCGGCAAUGUGACAAUGGCAUUCAAGACCAAAGGUCCGCUCAAUGAAGGCCACGAGCACAUCCAAGAAUGUAACUGCAGCAUUUGCUCUCGCAACGGCACAGUCUUAACCUACCCUCUCGCCACCCAAGUCUCCAUCCAAACCUCCUCUGCCCCCACAACCCCCUAUACCUUCGGCCGCGCUAUGCAAUCCCACGAGUUCUGCCCCAUCUGCGGCGUUAGCGUCUACAUUCGCAAGCUUUCUAUCUCGCCUGAACACUAUGCGAAAUAUAGCGGUCCGCAAAAGGAUCAGAAGAAGUGGGAAGGCAUCAUGCCGAUUAAUUUAAGGUGUUUUGAAGGGGUCGAAUGGGAUAAGAUUGAGGUCAAGAAGCUGAAUUACAAAGACUUUGGCGUGAAGUAUGAGGUUUAGUUGGAGCAGGGGAUCUGGGGAGGGGUUUGGACGCUCCAGUGUGAGGAGGUUAGAUUUUCUGACAUAGGGGAGCGGCCCUUUUUGAAAGCCUUUCACAUUACUUCCUCCCUCCUCAACUUUUCCUUUAAAUUGUGAUUAGAAGACUCUAACCAUAUGCACGAAUAUCAAGACAUGAAUGCUUGAGUAAUAUGACAAAGGUAGUCUGGGAGCUUGGACAGAUGGGUAGGUGAUGCUAUAAUAGGAUGGAGGCCGGCUUCUGACUCAUGUGUUUGAUUUCCUUCUAGCUCUUAAGAGCAGUAUAAAUGUUGAAUUCUCUGAGCGUUAAUCAAGCUCCUAUUUGACCGAUCUUACCAGAAACCCAAGCCUCUCCUCUUGAGUC